CAUACUUAGGGUGUCUAAACUUUCCACUAAAUUUUCCAACUUACCACUUAAAUUUAUGAAAAAGAAUGACCAAGUCCUUCCAAGAAACAAUACACCCCCAACAACUCUCAUUCCUAACUCUACUAUAUAUAUCCCUCGAAUUUAUCCUUACACAUUAAAGAAAAUCUUCCAGGAGAAAGUAACCCAAAAACAAAAAUAAUAGGGUCAAAUUACAUGAAAUAAAAAUUAAAAAUCCCGUAUUUUUUUCUCCCCUGUUUUCCCCUGUUUCAAAACUGGGCAUUAAGCUUCAAUUAUCCAAGAAAAAAAUUGAAAAAAAAUGGAGGGAAAUAGUAGAGGUUGGGGAAGAAAUAUGAGCAGAAAUUUAAGCAGAAAUGUGAGCUCAAGUUGGGGAGUAGAGGAUGUAUUUAGUAGCCAAUCGCGGCGUAGUGUAAGGGCACAUGAAGAAGAUGAAGAAGCAUUAACAUGGGCUGCCCUAGAAAAACUUCCCACUUAUAACAGGUUAAGGACUAGUGUCCUUAAAUCUUAUGCUCAAAGUCAAAAUCAAAGUAAGAUUUCUCAUAAAGAAGUUGAUGUUAGGAAGCUUGAUGUCAAUGAUAGAAUUGAGUUCAUUGAUAGAUUGUUCAGAGUUGCUGAGGAAGACAAUGAAAAGUUCUUAAGAAAACUUAAAGACAGAAUUGAGAAGGUUGGGAUUCAGCUUCCAACAGUUGAAGUAAGAUUCGAGCAUUUAACGGUAGAAGCAGAUUGUUAUGUCGGUACAAGAGCUCUUCCAACCCUACCAAAUGCUGCUCGUAAUUUUGCUGAAGGAAUCCUUGGUUUGAUUGGUAUUAGACUGGCUGAAAGGAAAAAGCUCACUAUCCUUAAAGAUAUAUCUGGCAUUGUUAAACCAUCAAGGAUGUGUUUAUUGUUAGGCCCACCUUCAUCAGGAAAGACAACUCUCUUGUUAACUUUCGCUGGAAAGCUGGACCCUUCUUUGAAGGUAAAGGGUGAAGUGAGUUACAAUGGACAUAGGUUAGAUGAAUUUGUACCACAAAAGACAUCAGCAUACAUUAGUCAAAAUGAUGUCCACAUUGGAUCUAUGACUGUCAAAGAAACUUUGGAUUUUUCUGCUCGUUGCCAAGGAGUUGGUUCUCGUUAUGAACUUCUAGCUGAACUUGCGAAGAGAGAAAAAGAACAUGGUGUUAAGCCUGAUCCAGAAGUUGAUCUUUUCAUGAAGGCAACGGCUAUGGAAGGAGUUGAAAGUAAUCUUAUUGUGGACUACACCCUCAGGAUUCUGGGACUAGAUAUAUGCCGAGACACUCUUGUUGGUGAUGACAUGCUACGUGGUAUCUCUGGUGGACAAAAGAAACGUGUCACCACAGGUGAAAUGAUAGUAGGCCCAACAAAGGCAUUGUUCAUGGAUGAAAUAUCAACUGGGCUGGAUAGUUCUACUACUUUUCAAAUAGUGAAGUGUUUGCAACAAAUAGCCCAUUUAUCUGAUGCAACCAUCUUAGUGUCACUGCUUCAACCUGCUCCUGAAACAUUUGACCUUUUUGAUGAUAUCAUCUUAUUAUCUGAAGGCCAGAUUGUAUACCAAGGCCCUAGAGAACAUGUUGUUGAGUUCUUUGAAAGUUGUGGGUUUCGUUGCCCCGAACGAAAGGGUACAGCCGAUUUCCUCCAAGAGGUUACUUCGAAAAAGGAUCAGGAACAAUAUUGGGCCGACACAAGCAAGCCAUACAGGUACAUACCGGUAUCUGAAUUUGUGACCCGAUUUAAGCGGUUCCAUGUUGGGCUAAGGCAAGACAAUGAGCUUUCGGUACCAUAUGACAAGGCCCAAUCUCACAAGGCAGCUCUAGUAUACAAGAAAUACUCUGUCCCAUACAAGGAACUUCUCAAGGCAUCUUUUGACAAGGAGUGGUUGCUUAUUAAGAGGAACCCCUUUGUGUACAUUUUCAAGGCUAUACAAAUCAUGAUUAUCGCGAUCAUUACAUCAACAGUGUUCAUAAGAACCAAGAUGCAUACUAGGAAUGAAAAUGAUGGAGCUUUAUACAUGGGAGCCCUGAUUUUCACUCUGAUUAUUAACAUGUUUAAUGGUUUUGCUGAAAUGGCUAUGAUCAUGCAAAGACUUCCUGUGUUCUAUAAGCACAGGGAUCUUCUUCUUCACCCUGCUUGGACUUUCACCUUACCAAGUUUCUUGCUCGGUAUUCCAAUAUCGAUUUUUGAAUCAAUUGUUUGGACUUCUAUGACAUACUAUUCCAUUGGAUUUGCACCUGAAGCUAGCAGAUACUUCAAGCAACUUCUAUUGGUGUUCCUUAUUCAACAAAUGGCUUCUGGAAUGUUUCGUGUUACAGCCGGGUUGUGUAGGACUAUGAUCAUUGCAAAUACCGGAGGAGCUCUAAGUGUCCUCCUUAUGUUCAUGCUUGGAGGUUUCAUCCUUCCUAAAGCCUUAAUACCCAAUUGGUUGCAAUGGGGAUAUUGGGUGUCACCUUUAUCGUAUGCAUUCAACGCUCUUGCUGUGAAUGAGAUGUUUGCUCCGCGUUGGAUGAACAAGCCGGCAUCAGAUGGUGUAACUCCUUUAGGUGUACAGGUGCUGAAGAACUUCAGUGUCUUCACAGACAAAAAUUGGUAUUGGAUUGGAGCAGCUAGCCUUGUCGGCUUUAUAGUAGUUUUGAAUCUGAUCUACACUCUUGCACUUACCUACCUAAAUCCCAUUGGAAAGCCACAAGCAACAAUCGCUAAAGAGGAUGAAGAUGACAUGGAAGAUGAGCACUCGGUAAAAAAGCAUAAGAAAAACUUAUCUUCUGCUGAUGGAAACAAUACAAGGGAGUUGGCACUUCAAAGAAUAAUGAGUCGGUCCAAUCCUAACGGAUUUAGCAGAAAUGAUGAUGGUUCUGUUGAGGUGACAAAUGGGGUUGCUCCUAAGAGAGGCAUGGUCCUCCCUUUUACUCCACUUGCUAUGUCUUUCGAUGAUGUGAGCUACUUUGUUGACAUGCCUCCGGAAAUGAAGGAACAAGGGGUGCCAGAAGAUAGGCUUCAACUCCUUCGAGAAGUGACCGGUGCAUUUAGGCCAGGAAUUCUAACUGCUCUUAUGGGUGUUAGUGGAGCUGGAAAGACAACACUAAUGGAUGUUCUAGCUGGAAGAAAGACAGGAGGUUACAUUGAAGGCGAUGUCAGAAUCUCUGGUUUCCCUAAAAAACAAGAAACUUUUGCUAGAGUUUCUGGUUAUUGUGAACAAACUGAUAUCCAUUCUCCUCAAGUAACAGUCAAAGAGUCUUUGAUAUACUCAGCUUUCCUCAGGCUUCCUAAAGAAGUCUCCAAGGAAGAAAAACUUGUUUUUGUUGACGAAGUGAUGGAAUUAGUAGAGCUCGACAGCCUUAAGGAUGCAAUAGUAGGGUUACCAGGAAUAACAGGGUUAUCAACAGAACAAAGGAAGCGGCUCACCAUUGCAGUAGAGCUUGUUGCUAAUCCCUCAAUCAUCUUUAUGGACGAGCCGACUUCAGGUCUUGAUGCAAGGGCUGCGGCCAUUGUGAUGAGGACAGUAAGAAACACUGUCGAUACAGGAAGAACUGUUGUUUGCACAAUUCAUCAACCUAGUAUUGAUAUCUUUGAAGCUUUUGAUGAGCUUCUUUUGAUGAAAAGAGGAGGACAAGUUAUAUACUCAGGGCCAUUAGGUCGAAACUCACGCAAGGUCAUCGAGUAUUUUGAGUCAAUUCCUGGAGUCCCAAAAAUCAAAGAGAAGUACAACCCUGCAACAUGGAUGUUAGAAGUCAGCUCUAUCGCAGCUGAAAUGAGGCUAGAAAUGGACUUUGCUGAGUAUUAUAAGUCAUCAUCACUUUACCAAAGAAACAAGGCACUGGUAAAGGAGCUAAGUGUACCACCAGCAGGAGCUAAAGACUUGUACUUUUCGACUCAAUUUGCUCAAUCGUUAUGGGGCCAAUUCAAAUCAUGCCUUUGGAAGCAAUGGAUGACUUAUUGGAGAAGUCCUAGCUAUAAUCUUGUCAGAUACUUCUUCACCUUGGCUGCUGCUCUUAUUGUUGGAGCUAUCUUUUGGAGAGUUGGAACUAAAUUGGACAACGCAAAUAAUCUAACCAUAGUCAUUGGAGCCAUGUAUGCUGCUGUACUCUUCGUUGGAAUCUGUAACUGUGGAACAGUACAGCCGGUGGUGGCUGUUGAGAGAACAGUCUUCUAUAGAGAAAGAGCUGCAGGAAUGUACUCUGCAUUGCCAUACGCCAUUUCACAGGUUGUUGUUGAAAUACCUUACAUAUUCGUGCAAGCGGCAUACUACUCAAUCAUAGUGUAUGCUAUGGUGAGCUUCCAAUGGACUGCAGGAAAGUUCUUCUGGUUCUUCUUUAUCACAUUGUUCUCCUUCCUUUACUUCACCUACUACGGUAUGAUGACCGUCUCCCUAACACCAAAUCACCAAGUUGCUUCCGUGUUUGCUGCUGCUUUCUACGCUCUCUUCAACCUCUUUUCCGGCUUCUUCAUUCCUAGACCAAAAAUACCAAAAUGGUGGGUAUGGUACUACUGGAUCUGUCCUGUGGCAUGGACAGUUUACGGGUUGAUAGUGUCACAAUAUGGUGAUCUAACACAAACGAUCCAAGGCACGGGGAUGACACCCGAUCCAAUGAUUAAAGAUUACAUUCAAAUACAUUUCGGGUAUGAACCUGAUUUUAUGGGUCCAGUAGCUGUGGUUUUGGUCGGAUUCACGGUGUUCUUCGCCUUCUUGUAUGCUUACUGCAUUAGGACACUCAACUUCCAAAUGAGGUAGGGAGCUUAGAGUAGUCAGUACAUGUAUAAACCAAAAAAUAAAAACAGUUAACUAUUAUUUGCCUUCAUAUACAUCUUGAAGAGAAAGUUGUAAAUAUGAGAAUCAUGUGAGAUUAACUAGCUAGAUCAAUAUUUUUAUGUAUGGGGAAAUAUAGAAGUAUGUGCAUAUAUUUCCCAAUAGUAUGAUUUGGUAGUAUUGCAUUGUGUAAUGUGAAAUUGUAUAUUGAUUAUAUAAUAUAUAAAUUUCAAUUUUGGCUCA